AUGUUGGCAUCGCGUCUCGUUCGAUCCCGCUCCUCUCCCUCUCUCCUGCGUCCAUUCAGCACCUCCUGUACCCGGCUGCGUGCGCCUUCUAUCAGAGACAUCACCCCAGACAAUGCGUCGUCGUUCAACACCCGCCAGAAGGAGUUCCGUGACAAUCUAGAAGCUGCUCGGAAAAGAAAAGCAGAGCAAGACAGUCAGUCGCUUGAUGCUUCUGCCCCUCUUUCUCCUUCCUCUCGUUCUGCCCAAUCCCCUGCCUCAGCGUCAUCAUCUCCCACUGCUCCAGCUGCGAGCAAUGCGAGUGGAUCUGCUGCUACUGUCGUUGAUGCUGCGUCCGCGUUGGACCGCCAGGCACUAGGCUCACUGUCCACCCACCGAAUUGUAGGAGAGCGGCAACAGGCUGAAAACAACCAAAACGCUGGCCGUGGCCGUCUGUCCAGUCUCAUCUACGGCACCAAGGAGGGCCAACAGCUAGACAAGGAUAUCGAGCGGUCCUUCUCCGAAGUCUUGGCACGAGGGAAAUACGUACACUCGAUUGUCUUCCACGAGGUCAAGCCCGACAAGGUCGACGAGUAUGUAGGCUUGGUUGGCGAAUGGUACCCCAAGAUGGCCGGCAUGGAGCAGAACAGAGUCAAUUUGGUCGGCAGUUGGCGGACUCAAGUUGGAGACAACGACACCUUUGUCCACAUCUGGGAGUACCAGAGAUACACCGGCUACCACGCAUCCCUGCAUGAGAUCGGGCAACAGCCGGGGUUUGUCGAGUUCGACCGUAAACUCAAGACCCUAAUCAAGAGCAAGAGCACCUCGCUGAUGCAAGAGUUCUCCUUCUGGCCUACCACGCCUCCCCGUCGCCUAGGAGGCGUCUUCGAGCUCCGAUCGUACACCCUACACCCAGGCAACCUCCUAGAGUGGGAGAGCCACUGGAGACGCGGUCUUGCUGCCAGACGCCAGAUCAUGGAAGGAGUCGGUGCAUGGUUCGUGCAGAUCGGUGACCUCAACACCGUCCACCAUCUCUGGCAGUUCGCGGACUUGGAAGAGCGGAAGAAGAGACGUGAGCAGUCGUGGGAGCUCGAGGGCUGGGCCGAUACAGUACACAAGACCGUACCGUUGAUCCAGACGAUGAAGAGCAGGAUCCUGAUCCCCAUGCCAUGGAGCCCUGUCGGUUAG